AUGCUACUUGUCCUAUACACCUGUCUCCUCUGGCUGUCCACCAGUGGUCUCUGGAUCGUCCAGGCUGAGGACCUUGACACUGAUGUGAGCACAAGGAGUCAUCACCGGGGCCUGGCUCCAACCAAUGUUGACUUUGCUUUCAGCCUGUAUAAGCAUCUAGUGGCCUCAGCUCCCAACAAGAACAUCUUCAUCUCCCCCGUGAGCAUCUCCAUGACCUUAGCUAUGCUGUCCCUGGGUACCUGUGGCCACACACAAACCCAGCUUCUCCAGGGCCUGGGCUUCAACCUCACUGAGAUGUCUGAGGCCGAGAUCCACCAGGGCUUCCAGCACCUCCAGCGCCUCCUCAGGGAGUCAGACACAAGCUUGGAAAUGAUCCUGGGCAAUGCCUUGUUCCUUGACAGCAGCCUGGAGCUGCUGGAAUCGUUCUCAGCAGACAUUAAGCACUACUAUGAGUCAGAGGCCUUGGCUGCAGAUUUCCAGGACUGGGCUAGAGCCAGCAGACAGAUCAACGAGUAUAUCAAGAAUAAGACGCAAGGGAAAAUUGAGGACUUGUUCUCAGACCUGGAUAGCCCAGCCAUCCUCAUCCUGGUUAACUACAUCUUCUUCAAAGGCACGUGGGCACAGCCCUUUGACCCGGAAAGCACCAGGGAGAAGAACUUCCACGUGAACAAGACGACCACGGUGAAGGUGCCCAUGAUGUUCCAGUCGAGCACCAUCAAGUACCUUCGUGACUCGCUACUCCCUUGCCAGGUGGUACAGCUGGACUACGUGGGCAACGGGACCGUCUUCUUCAUCCUUCCAGACGAGGGGAAGAUGGAUACGGUCAUCGCCUCACUGAGCCGGGACACGAUUCAGAGGUGGUCCCAGUCCCUGACCAGGGGCCUGGUGGACCUGUACCUCCCGAAGGUCUCCAUCUCUGGAGCCUACGACCUGGGGGGCGUGCUGGCGGACAUGGGCAUUGCAGACUUGUUUAGCGAUCGGGCCAAUUUCUCAGGCAUCACCCCAGAGGUCCAGCUGAAGGUAUCGAAGGUGGUCCAUGAGGCCGUGCUGCAGCUCGAUGAGAAGGGUGUCAAGGCGGCUGCCUCCACCGGGGUCACCCUAAACCUGGUGUCCGAGCCUCUCACCAUCAGCUUCCACCAGCCCUUCCUCGUCCUGAUCUUUGACCACUUCACAUGGAGCAGCCUAUUCCUGGGCAAGGUUGUGAACCCAGCCUAA